AUGGCUCGGGUUGUCAUCGUAACGAGUGUAACGAAGAGGAGGAGAGUGAGGCGUGGCCGCGAGCCGAUUGGCCGCCGCAUGCAAAUACGUACUGCGCCCGCGCAAUCACUAUCGCGACCAUUGUCCGACAAAAACUCGCCGCAUCGAGACAAAACUACCCACAAAAACGCGGCGCGGGGCUCCGGCGCGGGCUCCGGCGCGGGGCUCCGACGCGGGGCUCCGGCAUGGAGUUCCGGCGCGGGCGGGAUGCGCAGGCGCCGAGUCGAUUGCCAGCAAAGCCAUUACUUCUGGAUCGCAUUUACAUUGAAUGCGCUGACACCGCCGCGCCGAAUGUCGGGACGUACUCAAUUAAAAUACGCCGAUAAAUUAGCAGAUAUACGCUUUAUGCCGCUCUGCUCCUUUAUACUCAAUACUCAUGCUAUACAACAAAUUACAGUACAAUGUAUGCGACUUCCACUGAAGAGUUUUAAUAUUAUAAUAGCUGUCAACGAUGCUGCUGCCAAAGCUACAUCAUAU